AGAUGUGAUUAGGGAUCAACGCAAAAUAAGCCGGGGGCUCAGGGACCGAACCGCAAAACAACACAGCACUCCCAUCCUCGCCGUCUGUCUCCUCGCACCGCACGCACCCUUCUCCGACUUUUUCCAACUUCACCGCAUCCCCUCUCCGCCUCCGCCAUGGCCCAGCCCGCCUUCCUCUCCUCCCUCCGCUCCCGCCUCCGCUCUGCGCCGCCGACGACGCAGCAUCGCCUCCAGCCCAGCCGCGGUUACCACGUCGAGCUCGGCGCUCGCGAGAAGGCGCUCUUGGAGGAGGAUGUUGCUUUGAAGAGGUUCAAAUCAUACAAAAACAGUGUGAAACAGGUCUCGAAGAUUGGGAAUGUUCUCACUCUUGCUGUUGUACUUGCUUGCAGUUAUGAGAUCGCUGUGUUGGCAACAAGCACAGAAUGAGGAACAGCACAGUCGUUUGGCGGCAGAUCUCUGAGAAAGUGUGAUUCAUCGCCAUACUUCCUGUGUUUGAGGCUUUUUUGUUGGUCGUUGCUACCAUGUAAAAUAAAAUAAACUAGGUUGGCAUUUUUAUGAAUAGCAGUUUCAUGGCCUAGCUUACUUGUAAACGAAGUGGGCACUGCAUUGUUAAUCGUGCUGAAUGAGAAUUGUCUGAUUUAAAUUCGCUAUGAUGGCAUUCUGCUGCGCA